UAACAAGGCUACUGAAAUAUUGGAUAAAAGACUUCUACUAGAUGACCCUGAAGCGCUUCGGUCCCAAUUAUCUACUCUUGAAAAACGAAUGGAGGAUCUAGUGAAACUAUUUCAAAAUCAGGAGAGAGUUAUUUCUAACCUGCAGACAAGAAACAGUGAGAGAGAUCGUGAUUAUGAAAGACUAUCAAAAGAAUUUCAAUCCGUAAAGUCGCAACUGAGAAAUCUUAAUAAUGGUGGAGGGGUAUUUGUGCGAUGGGGAAGAAUGACAUGUCCUCAGAACAUUUCUGAACAGGUGUAUUCAGGAUACGCAGGAGGUUCUCGAUAUGAUAAACCGGGUGGUGCAGCAAAUUUUGUGUGCCUUCCUCCAGACCCGAAACUAGUUUCAAUACAGGGCAAUACUAAUGAAAUGUACGGAUCAGAGUUUGGCACCAAUGCUUUUGGACCACAAGUUGGAGAAGACAUACCAUGUGCAGUUUGUAGAAGUUUGGGAGAAAGCAGCGUGCUUAUGAUUCCAGCUCGAGAUACCUGCUAUCCUGGGUGGCGGCACCAAUAUUCGGGGUAUUUAGCUUCAGGGGCAGAAGCACAUUCUUCCGCCACUGAAUUCAUAUGUAUGGAUAAGCACCCUGAAACUAUUCCCGGGGGUCAUAGAAACGAGGGUGGAAAAUAUGUGUAUACUGUUGAGGCCCUCUGUGGGUCUCUUCAUUGUCCACCUUAUGCAGAUGGGGGUGAGCUAACUUGUGUUGUGUGUACUAAAUGA